CCCCCAACCCCCGAGAGCUCGGACUCCCGCCCUCCGGGAGUUAACUUGGUGCUGUGUUGAAAAAGGGUUUGCGAAGCGCCCCCGGAAACUCGUCGGGAGUCGGCCGCAAAGCCCACCCCGCGGCUCGAAAGCGGCCGCGGGGGGCGGGGAGUGGUGGUGGUAGUGGUGGAGGAGGGCGAGGACGAGGGCGGCCAAAGCGCAGCGUCAGCAAUAAUAAGUCAUGAGAAGCCAUCCCGACUUGGCGUUUGAGUAGCGGCGGUAACAGCGGAGGGAGUGUCUCUCGUCCCCCCCCCAACACCCCCAGUCCCUGUCGCCGGGGCUCCGUCUCGUCCAGUCUUAACGAAGCGAAGCAGCGGGAGGCGACCAACUUUUUUUGUUUUGCUUUCUGCUUAUAUAGUUCGACCCCACCUCACUCCACCCGCCCCUUCCCUCCCUCCCUCCAAGAACCCCAAGUUAGUGAUGCGGGCUGCCUGGGACAAGCCGAAGAUGGGAUUUUCCUCCACCCAGCUGCUGUUCUUGCUAAGCUGUUGCCCGACGGCUUGCCGCCCUUACAAUCUAGAUACACGGAGCCCCCUGGUCUUCGAAGGGCUCAAUGGGACGUGGUUCGGCUAUUCGGUGCUGCUGCACAGCUUUGGCACCAGCCGGUGGCUUAUAGCCGGAGCCCCUAAAGCCAGCUGGCCCAGUAAUAGCUCUGUUGUGAAUCCAGGAGCAAUAUUCAGAUGCCAAAUUGGAAAUAAUCCUAAAAGAGAUUGUGAGAUUCUCCAAGUGGGUGAUCCAAAAGGGGAAAGGUGUGGAAAAACCUGCACUGAAGAAAGAGACAAUCAGUGGUUGGGAGUGAGCCUAGCAAGGCAGCCAGGAGAAAAUGGCUCUAUUGUUGUCUGUGGACAUAGAUGGAAAAAUGUAUAUUAUAUUUCAGAGCACAAACUUCCACAUGGCAUUUGUUACGAGAUACCUCCCAAUUUUCGAACCUUGUUAAGUCAAAGAAUAUGCCCUUGCUAUAAGGAUUUUUGGAGAAAAUAUGGAGAAAAAUAUGGAUCUUGUCAGGCUGGGAUAUCAACAUUUUACACUGAGGAUUUAAUUAUUAUGGGAGCCCCAGGAUCAGAUUAUUGGGCUGGUUCCAUCUUUGUGUACAAUAAAACAGCAAACAUAUUUAUUUCAUAUCUGGAUGUGAGUCAUCAGAUAAAGUAUGGAAGUUACUUAGGUUAUUCUGUUGGAGCAGGUCACUUCCUUUCUGCAAGUAGUUCAGAAGUAAUUGGAGGUGCUCCCCAGCAGGAGCAGACUGGUAAAGUUUACAUUUUUAAAAUUGAACCCAAACAACUAUCAAUUUUAAGUGAAUUAAGGGGUAAAAAGUUUGGUUCUUACUUCGGAGCUACUGUUUGUGCGGUGGAUCUCAAUGGUGAUGGCCUUUCAGAUUUACUAGUUGGCGCACCCAUGCAUAGUAAAGUCAGAGAAGAAGGAAGGGUUUAUGUUUACCUCAACUCAGGUUCUGGAGCAAAGAUGAUGGAGCUGCAAACAGCACUAACUGGAAGUGAUUUGUACACAGCAAGGUUCGGUGAUUCCAUUGCCAAUUUAGGAGACAUUGAUAACGAUGGCUUUGAAGAUGUAGCCAUUGGGGCUCCACAAGAAAAUGAUUUAGAAGGCUCGGUUUAUAUAUACAAUGGAAGAGAAGAUGGAAUAUCACCAACAUUUUCACAAAGGAUUCAAGGACAUCACAUCAGAAACAGUUUACGCAUGUUUGGUCAAUCCAUAUCUGGGAGAAUUGAUGUAGACAGCAAUGGGUAUUCAGAUGUAGCAGUUGGUGCAUUUUUGUCAGAUUCUGCUGUAUUACUGAGGACAAGGGCGGUAAUUAUUGUGGAAGCAUCCUUAAAACACCCCAACUCUGUAAACCGAACCAUACUGGACUGUGUGAGAAAUGGACAACCAACUGUGUGUGUUAAUCUAAUGCUUUGUUUUAACUAUACAAGCCAAACCAUUCCAGGUUACAUAGUAUUGCUUUAUAAUCUAAGCCUGGAUAUUAAUAGAAGGCCAGAUACUGCAGCGAGAUUUUAUUUUUCCUCUAAUGGAACCUCUGAAGCCACCUCUGGAAGUGUCCGAAUCUAUAGCAACAACAAUUUUACAUGCAGAACCCAUCAGGCAUUCAUGAGGAAAGAUGUAAGGGAUAUUCAGACUCCUAUACAUGUUGAAGCUACCUAUCACCUGGGACACCAUGUUUUGAAGAAGAGAAAUGCUGAUGAACUCCAACCACUCCAGCCAGUACUUCAGCAACGGAAGGAGGAUAAUAUUGUGCGCAGCAAGUUUGUCUUUGCAAGAUUCUGUACUCAAGAAAACUGUUCUGCAAACCUUCAAGUUUCUGGAAAAUUUACAUUUCCAAAGCCUUAUGAAAAGAAACCUUAUCUUUCAGUGGGAAAUGUAAAACAGUUGAUAUUAAAUAUCAGCUUGUACAAUGCUGGCGAUGAUGCUUAUCAGACCAGCCUUCAUAUCCAGCUGCCUAAAGGUCUCUAUUUCACCAAACUUGUAGCACAGGAAGAAACACAGAUACAUUUUCAGUUAUCAGAAAAGGAAAGUCAUGGAGUGACAAUUACCUGUAGCAUUGGAUAUUUAUAUGUUGAUCAUCUUUCAAAGGUGGACAUUAGCUUUGUGUUGGAUUCAAGUUCACUCAACAGAGCAGAAGAUGACUUGCACAUCAGCAUUAAUGCAACUUGUGAGAAUGAAUUAGACCAUGACCUGCUGUCCGAUAACAGUGUAGUUUUAGCUUUGCCUCAAAAACAUGAAGUGGAGCUGAACAUUCAUGGGUCGGCGUCUCCAGCAUCAUUUAUUUAUGGACCCAGUGAAGAAAAUUCACCAGCUUCUUGCAUGGAGGAGAUAAUCAACAUCACUUUCUAUGUCAGUAAUCCUGCAGUAAGUCUGGCUCCGGAUGUAAAUCUGCUGAUACAGAUACCCAAUUCUUUUCUACCAAGAGAUACCAAACUGUUUAAUAUACUGGAUGUCAAGACCACUGAUGGACAAUGUACCUAUGAAAGUCAUAGGAGAGACUGUAUUUUACCAGAACAACAGGGAAAUAUGGUGCAAGAUCUUAUUACAUUCCUCACAAAACUUGACAAUAGGCCACUGUUUUGUAUGAAGAAUGAUCAGCUAUGUUGGCAAAUAUUUUGCAAAUUUGGAGACAUGGAGAGUGGAAAGGAAUCAACUGUUCAUGUUCAUCUUGAAGCAACACCUUCACUAUUAAGCAUAGAUGAAGCUUCAGUGCUUACCUUUGAGAUAAAAGGAGAAGUUUCAGCAGAUCAAAACCCCAGAGUUAUUGAACUCCACAAAAAUAAGCAAACCACUCAUGUCAUUUUGGAGGGACGUCAUAACCAGAAGACAAAACAUAGUGUCAGUGUCCUGCUUAUUGCAAUAGGUUCCCUAUUUGGAAUUUCUUUGCUUUUGCUUCUUAUAUUAUUUUUAUGGAAGAUGGGAUUCUUCAAAAGAAAAUACAAACGUUUUCCUGAGGAAAAAAAUGGAAGUGAAAGUUUGGAGUUUUUUAAACAUAUUCACAAUAAUACCUCAGAGUAGGAAGUUGGUAGAAGUUAAGAAGUAUCUGCUGCAAGAACUGUUAAGUCUUAAGCCCCCAUAUCAUACGUGAAAGGAAUAGCCAUCAAAACGGGCUUCCAAAAGCACAAAUCAUAGAAAACUCUGAAGGAUAAACAUUUUCAAGAGUUCUAAUCAAAAGGAAAGAAAAAUUCAAAAUGCAAGAACAAGGAAACACUAGGAAUUGCUCCUUGCUUUUUAAAAGGUACUUGAGUAGGAGCACUGUACUAAUCAUACUUGAAUCGCGAAUGUAUAACCUCGCUUCCCAAGACGUUCCAGUGUUCAGGAGACUGCAAAAUUAGACCAGUUUUAGUCCCCACACAAUGUAGACCCGUGUUCUCCCCUUCUAGUUCCUAAAAUGAAACCAGUGACAUCGUUUUUUAGAUUUGCAAAUUUAGUGGCUGCUGACAAUUUUUAUUCUACUUUCUCCACCUUGGCUCUGGAAAUACUGGGAAUGUCCAGGUAAGAAGAACAAUUCAAAAUGCUCUGACGAUGUCUCCUCGAAUUGUGACGAAACGUUUGUAACCAAAUUGCCAAGCUCAGAGCUCAAACCAACAGCCUAAUUACCAACCCGAGCUACUAAUACUCAAACACAUUUCAAGAAGAACUAUGCUUAUAUGUAGGAUCUCUCCAGUGAAAGAAGAGAGGCAAUUUUUUUUAAUGAAAGGGGAACAACGUGCGAUCUUGGAUGUCCCCUCCAUUGUAUCUGUCCAGACUUACCAUGCAACUAACCCUGGAAUAUUGGCAUACUCUAUUAGUAGGGACCCUACUGAGAGAAAAUGCUUCCUUGGCAGAGAAUAAGGGGUCAGAUCAGUGGAGAGGAAGAAACUAACUUGUUUUUGAGCUCUUCCUAUGUAUCUUGAACUGAAAAAACCCAAAUGAUAUAAUAGAGCUUUGGGCUCAAGGCCUGUAUGAGAUUUUUGUUGUUGUGCGACUCUCAACCAUGUUUUGAGGGUUCUACCUGGCUGGGUUGGAGAAGUCCUCCCAUUGUGUAAAAUCAGGGAAAUGGCAGUUACCACUUCUUAUGCAAUCGUUUUAUUUAUUUUUGUAUUUUGAAGAAAUAGAGAGAAUCUUUGCCUAGUAUCUCAGGGGUCACCAACCUUUCGGACCUCAGGGACCACUAAAUGCAUCAUUUUAAAUCCCGUGGACCACUAAUAUGAUCUGCCUAAUGACUGGCUGGGUGGGGGGGUAGCUAGGUGGUCAUGUGGCUGAGUGGGCAUAGCCAACUCAAUGUCACUCACAUUGAGGGGUGCCCCACGCCGGCCUCUACUCACCUCUCCCCUCCCAGCCACUUCUUGCCUGCCCGCCUGGGCUCUUUAGGGCCCCAACAGGAAGCAGUUGUUGGAGCUAAGCAGCCACCACAAGAAAGAGUUGGCAAAAUAGCUGGCUCAGUUCAAAUUGGAUCUGACCGAGAAGGAGGCUCAGCAGAAGAACCUCACUGAGGACUAGGAGCAUAGGCUUUCCAAGCAGAGGGAAGACCUGUGGGAGUGCAAGGCCAGGUACCGGCGCCUGGAAGCUCAGCGGGCUGAGAUGGUCAGCCAGCUCCAGGCCAUGAUGCAGUCCCACUGGAACAAGGCCCUCUAUCUCUUUUCCAUCAGCGGUGCUUCCCUCCAGCCUUCGCCCAAAGCCCCGCACCAGGAGGCUGAAGCAGACCCUGCAGAGUUGGAAUUUCUGCCCCCUCCAACCCACACAAAAAGACCCCAAAAGGGGAGACUCUCUGCAGCAACACAAACAUUCAUUGCAUGUAUCCUGUCCAGGGGCCGUAGUUUGAGGACCCCUGAUUUAGUGCAAUAUAAAACAUUGCAAAUAGUUUUUCUGUGGACCACCAACAUUUUCUCGCAGACCACCACUGGUCCACGGACCACCAGUUGGUGACUGUUGUAAUAUCUAAUGUCUAAUCUUUAGACAAAUGUAUUUUCUUGCACACAUUAUACAGGUUCAGAAUGUUUAGCAUAAGACUUAAGAAGAUGGUAAAAUACUGCACUUUAACCCCAAGGUUAUUAUUAUUUGAACAAACAGUCUAUGACAUCAGUUGUACCUCAAAUGUGCAAAAGCAUUAAAGCAUUGAAGAAUCUGAUUAAAAAAUAAGCAAGCUGUUCUAUCACUGUAUACCCUACACUGUAAAAAAGAACAAUCACCAACAUUGAACUAAUAAAAUAUUGAAUAAAAUGGAAUAUGAAGCUGUCAAAUAAUUGUAGAUAUUUGAAUUCAUCCCUAAAUGUACAAUUUUUGUGACAUAUUUUUAUAGUGAAUAUUUACAAACAUCAAAAUUAUUAACAAUUAAACUU